CCGAAAACCCAGAAGAUUCUAGUCGUCGUACCGAUUGAAGCAGAGCUCACACCUACCACAACAUAUCAUCACAAUCCCGGUCCGAAGAUAUCAGAGAUGCACUGGAUCAUACCAAGUCAAACAAUUGCACUGGCAGGUUUGCCUCCACUGCCCGACGAAGUCGACUCCAUAAUGGCUGUUAUUCAAGGGUUUCUGGAGGCACUGAGGGCCAAAAGUCCCGGCGAAUUUGAAAAGUAUUGCGUUCGGGCAGGAGGCAUGUCAGUUUGGCCGCCAUCACCAACCCUUCCUCGCUUUUGUACCAUUGGGGCUUUCGUGGAACAAGUAACGAGGAUUCAAGACGAAAUCGACGAACGGAUUUGGGAUCCAGAAGUGAAGGUAUAUUCGCCAGGGAACCUGGCUGCGGUAUGGGCACCCUUUCGGGCCAAAGUCAAUGGGAUUGUGCAUCAUGUGGGGGUUGAGCUUUUCAUUCUCCAUAAACUCGAUGGUGUGUGGAAAGUAACCGGGCUGGCUGAUUCAUGUCGUCAGCCAACAGAGGAAGAAAAGCUGUUGUUGCCAUAGUGUUUAGGAGCGAAGAGUGCCCGCAGGAGGGGAUGAAGAUCUCAUAAGCGCGCUUUGAGUGGUUGUAUGUGCCUGAAUUACAGUGAACAAAAGUUGAAUGAGUAUUCUCUGCUUAAUGAAUAGCAUGGCAGUCAACCGGUAUAGCAUGUCAGCUACAAUU